AUGCCAGUUACUCGAAGGAAGUCGAGUUUGGGCGCAGACAUCAGAGGCGACACUGGUGCGCCCGCAAUCUCAACAAUGGGCGUGAAUGGAGAUAUUUCCGAGCGCGGUGUCUCUACAAAGUCUGCAAAAACCCAUCACCAUAAGCGCCGAAAGUCGCGGUCUUUUCUUCGUCGCUGGAAGGACAUAUCGCUCAAGCAUACAUGGCUUACGCCUCUUGUCAUCCUGGCGGUCCUACUCCCCCUAUAUGCCGUGAACCCCAAUGAGUCGAACCCGAUGUACAGCGCGAUAUUCUUGUCUUAUCCACGCGAACCGAAGUAUCCCGGCGAGCCCGUGAUGUAUGGUAAAGGGAAGAAGGAUUUUGCUUUCGUUGCUUUCUACACCGUGGUUCUUUCCUUUACCCGCGAAUUCCUGAUGCAACGGCUGAUUCGCCCAUGGGCCAUCUACUGUGGAAUACGCAGCAAGGGCAAGGUUGUGCGCUUCAUGGAGCAGGUGUACACGGCCAUUUAUUUCGCUAUUUUUGGCCCCUUCGGUCUCUGGGUCAUGAGCCGCACCAACAUCUGGUAUUUCAAUACCACCGCGAUGUUUGAAGGGUUUCCUCACAGGGAGCAUACUGCAGAGUUCAAGGCAUACUAUCUACUGCAGGCUGCUUACUGGUUUCAACAAGCCAUCGUUUUGUUGCUGCAGUUGGAGAAACCCCGGAAAGACUUCAAGGAACUUGUCGGCCAUCACAUCAUUACGCUCGCGCUGAUUUUCUUGAGCUACCGCUUUCAUUUCACCUAUAUGGGCUUAGCAGUGUAUAUCACUCAUGAUAUUUCAGAUUUUUUCCUUGCGACCUCAAAGACCUUAAAUUAUCUGGAUUCGCCAAUCACGGGCCCUUAUUUCGCCAUGUUCGUUUCAAUCUGGAUCUACCUGCGACAUUACAUUAACUUGAAAAUCAUCUGGGCUGUCCUGACCGAGUUCAGGACUGUGGGACCUUACGAGCUGAACUGGGAGACUCAGCAAUAUAAAUGCUGGAUCAGUCAAAUCAUCACGUUCAGUCUCCUUGCCAGCCUUCAGGCGGUCAAUCUCUUUUGGCUUUUCUUGAUCUUCCGCAUCUUGAAGAACUACUUACUCGAUGAUGUGACGAGAGACGAAAGAAGCGAUGAUGAAGACGAAGACCAAGAGGUGGAUGAUGCUGCCGUCUCCAAGACCGAUGCUACUCCUAAGGUUCUCGUCAAUGGUGAACCGACGACUGAACGCAAAAGCAAAUAA